UCCUCUAAACCCCAAUUUUGAACCAUCUCUCUCCUUUCCUCCUCCAUUUUCUCUCUCCUUCGUUGAUCUUCCUCUUUGAUUCUUUUCUUCUCUAGCAUCCUCGGAACUACGGUGAUGGCGGGAACCAGGGAGGAGUACGUUUACAUGGCGAAGCUCGCAGAGCAGGCCGAAAGGUACGAAGAAAUGGUUGAGUUCACAGAGAAGGUUGCAGCAGCCGCGGAUAAGGAGGAGCUCACUGUUGAGGAGCGAAACCUGCUUUCGGUAGCCUACAAGAACGUGAUCGGGGCUCGCCGCGCCUCGUGGAGGAUCGUUUCGUCCAUCGAGCAGAAGGAGGAAAGCCGCGGGAACGAGGACCAUGUCGCGACGAUCAAGGAGUACAGGGGUAAAAUCGAGACGGAGCUCAACGCCAUAUGCAACGGGAUCCUGAAGCUACUCGAUUCCCAUCUAAUCCCCUCUGCUUCUGCCAGCGAUUCGAAGGUCUUUUAUCUCAAGAUGAAAGGCGAUUACCACCGUUACCUCGCUGAGUUUAAGACAGGAUCUGAACGCAAGGAAGCUGCCGAGAAUACCCUUACUUCCUACAAGUCUGCUCAGGAUAUUGCUGUGGCGGAACUGGCGCCUACUCAUCCGAUAAGGUUGGGUCUUGCUCUAAACUUCUCGGUGUUCUAUUAUGAGAUCUUGAAUUCACCUGAUCGGGCCUGCACGCUUGCUAAGCAGGCGUUUGAUGAAGCCAUUGCCGAACUGGACACGCUUGGAGAAGAGUCAUACAAGGACAGCACUCUCAUCAUGCAGCUCCUCCGCGACAAUCUCACCUUAUGGACCUCUGACAUGCAGGAUGAUGGUGCUGAGGAGACCAAGGAAGCUGUUAAUCGUGAGGAGCAGUAGCAGCAGAACUUGUUUGAUUCAACAGUCUUUUUACAAUUUUUAUCUGUCCAAUGUUUGUGUUUGCUAAGUAGGAUAUGGAUAUCCUUGUGGUUUUUAUGGGGUUCCAUUCCUCUUUGUAUUGUACUGCUUUCGAUUCCUACGGUUAAUUUCUCGUUGUGUUUAUGAUUCGACCAGUUUGUUCUUUGCGCCACCUGCUUCCACUGUUUUUAUGGUACAAGAUAUAUUUAUAUUGGACUCUUUGUCAAUCUUUUGCUUUAUUGUAAUCAAUGCCUUGCAAGCCCUCA